GUUCCAACCCUCCGAUCGGAUCAGACGGUGGAGAGCCACGCAUCAGCACCUCAAAACCCUAGAGCCUGCUCGCUAUAAAAACCUUCUGCUCGCCCGACACGCAUCGCCUCCCGCCGCCGCCGCCCUCCUCUCCGUCGCUCGCCUCACUCCUCCGCCAUGGCCCCGAAGAAGGAUAAGGCCCCGCCGCCGUCGUCCAAGCCGGCUAAGUCCGGAGGCGGGAAGCAGAAGAAGAAGAAGUGGAGCAAGGGUAAGCAGAAGGAGAAGGUCAACAACGCGGUGCUCUUCGACCAGGCCACCUACGACAAGUUGCUCUCCGAGGUUCCCAAGUACAAGCAGAUCACCCCGUCCGUGCUCUCCGAGCGUCUCAGGAUCAAUGGAUCCUUGGCACGGAGGGCCAUUAAGGAUCUGAUGGCAAGGGGGCUCAUAAGGAUGAUCGCUGUUCAUUCCAGCCAGCAGAUAUACACCAGGGCAACCAACACAUGAGGGAUGUUUUGCAUCUUGUCGAUGUUAUCUAGUCUAGACGACUUGGUGUUGCUAUUAUAUAUCAAGUUUAUUUCAAUCAUGGCUCAGUCAAUCUUACUGUCAUGUUGAAUAUGUUUAAAAUUAUUGUGCUAUUUUAAGCUCAUGUUGCCAUCCAAAAUUUAUCUUGAUGAGGAACAUAAAUCUAUCUCUGCUCUCCUGUUUGACAUGGUGC